AUCUCAAGGCAGAGAACCGCUGGAGCUCUUCUGCACCUUUUUGUUCUAUCCUGAACUCCCCAUCACCACCUCUCGUCCUCUUCCUCGGCAGAAAAAGGAAAAGAUGGAGGCCUUCCUCACCGGCUUCCGGGCGCCGCCUCGAGCUUCCGCCGUACCCACCGCCUGGAGCCCGCACCCCAGCCCCUUCUUUCUCGGCACACGGCACAGGAAGCCCUCCUCCGCCUCCGUGGUCUGCAUGGCGGAGCCACAUCUCAUAUCAAAGUUGGAUUCUACAGAGAAGGCAUGGAAAGAAAUGUCGAUUAGAUUGGGUGACCCUGACAUUGUCUCAGAUCCGGGCGAAUACCAAAAACUUGCACAGUCUGUUUCCAAUCUGGGAGAGGUUGUGACGGCAUAUGGGGAAUUUAAGGAAUGUGAGAGGCAGAUUGAAGAAACAAAAGCUUUGCAAAAAGAGAAUGGAGAUGACCCUGAUAUGGCUGAGAUGAUAGCUUCAGAGCUGGAGUCUCUCUCUGAUCAGCUUGCAGAGCUCGAGGAAAGACUGACGGUACUUCUGCUUCCAAGCGACCCUCUAAAUUCACGUAACAUCUUACUUGAAGUAAGAGCUGGCACUGGAGGUGAUGAAGCUGGAAUUUGGGCUGGUGACCUUGUACGCAUGUAUCAAAGAUAUUGUGAGCUCAACAAUUGGAAGUUUAAACCAGUUUCUUGCUCAGAAGCAGAAAAGGGCGGAUUCAAGACAUAUGUGAUGGAGGUGAAGGGAAAGCAAGUCUACAGUAAACUGAAGUUUGAGUCAGGUGUGCACCGUGUUCAGCGUGUACCGCAGACAGAGACUAUGGGUCGUGUUCACACGUCAACCGCAACUGUGGCUAUUAUGCCAGAGGCCGACGAAGUGGACGUGGUUAUUGAUCCAAAAGAUAUUGAACUUAAAGCUGCAAGAUCUGGUGGAGCUGGAGGGCAGAAUGUUAACAAGGUGGAGACAGCUAUUGAUCUUAUUCACAAGCCUACGGGAAUAAGAAUAUUCUGCACAGAAGAAAGGUCGCAACUUCAAAACAAAGAACGUGCAUUCCAGUUAUUGAGAGCAAAACUAUAUGAGAUAAAGUUAAGGGAGCAACAAGAGUCCAUAAGAACCCAGAGGUUACUGCAGGUCGGUACUGGUGCUCGCUCGGAGAAGAUACGGACGUACAAUUAUAAGGACAACAGAGUGACUGAUCAUCGGUUGAAGAUGAAUUUCAUAUUGUCUAGCUUCCUUUUAGGAGAUAUCGAGUCAGCUAUUCAGUCCUGCGCUGCCUUGGAGCAGAAGGAACUCUUGGAGGAAAUGGCCACCUCUUCUGCAGUGAAGGCAUGAUCAGUUCAACUAUUCCUUUUGCUUCUGGCCAUAUCCUAAAGGAGAACAGAUAAAAUGGCAUAUUACAGUCGCCGGAGAUCGACAACCAAGUCGUACAUGAAAAAACUCAUGAAUCAUAUUCCUUGCACGCCCACACUGUUCUGUUUGCUCAUGGUCAUUUUGCAUAUACGCUAAUGUCUGUACGCAAUUUGAUGCACUCCAGUUGCCCUGAUGGGAGCAGAUUUUGAGUAGCUGAAAUCCACAUUUUUUUACAAGAAAGCGGUGACAUUGGUUGAAAAUAUACACGAAAGUUCUCUGUGGUUCAAGUCUUGAA